UAGAUAAAUAAAUAUUAAUAAAUAAAAAAAAAUGGCUGAUGUUGAUAACAAAAUUUUAGAUUUAGUCAAGGCUAAUCCAGAUGGUAUAACACAAGCAGAUAUUACUAGUGCAAUACCUGAUGUUGGUGCCAGUGACAUAGCAAAAUCAAUAAAUACUUUGAUGAAAAAACAUUUACAAGUAUUUAGUAAAGGAAAUACAUUAUUAUUUCGUUUACAAAAAGAAACACGAGUUGGUGAUAAUCAAACUGAAACAGUUGUACUUGAAAUAAUAAGUAAUGCUGGUGACAAAGGAAUAUGGAUGCAAGAAAUAACAAAAAAAUCAAAUAUUGCUAGUGUACAAUUAGCUAAAGUAUUAAAAAAUCUUGAAACUAAAAAACGUAUUAAAACAAUAAAAUCAGUAGCAGCUAGUAGAAAAAAAUUAUUUAUGUUAUUUGAUUUAACACCAGAUGUAUCAAUAACUGGUGGUUUGUUUUAUUCCAAACAAGAUUUUGAUAUUGAAUUAGCUGAAACCCUAAAUGAAGAGUCUUAUGAUUACAUUGAAAAAAAACACCAAAUUGCUAAAGCUAAUAAUGUUAGUCUAAUACAAGCUAGAGAAGCAUCAGCAGUAUCAGCAAAUGAUGUUUUGAGAUAUAUUGAAGGACGAGGCUUUAUGAAAGUUGAAGUACCAUUGAAAGAACUUGAACGUGUACUUUAUACUCUUGUUUUGGAUAAAAAAAUUCAUAAAAUAUCAAAAAAUGGUACAAAUUUUUAUCGUUAUAGACAACCAACUAAAACAGCUGGUAUUGUUGUAACUCCAUGUGGUCUUUGUCCAGUGAAAAAAGAUUGCUGUGACACUGGGGAUAUUACACCAGUUAAAUGUGAAUACAUCAACAAGUGGCUUGAGCUAUACUAAUAAUUAAUUAAAAUUUUGUAUUUAUUAAUUAUUUUU